AUGACUUCGAGUAGCAGUGAUGAUUUAAUGGGGUGUGAAAGUGAUCUAUCCAGUCCUCAAUAUCCCUCGGCCCGCAAGGAUGAAAGUGUUGUGGAAACCCUCCACGGUGUUGAGGUGAAGGAUGUCUAUCGUUGGCUUGAAGAUCCCGAUUCGGAAGAAACCAAAAAAUUCAUCGAAGAACAGAAUAAUAUUAGCCAACCCUACCUGCAGGGCUGUGAAGCCCAUAAGAAAUUGAUGGAGAAAAUGACAAAGCUGUAUAACUACGAGCGGUGUGAUUGUCCCGCCAAGCAUGGCAAAUAUUAUUAUUUUGAACAAAAUUCAGGGCUACAAAAUCAAGAUGUUAUCUAUCAAUUGGAUAGUUUGGAUGGAGAACCGCGAGUAUUUUUCGAUCCCAAUGCCUUGUCCAGUGAUGGCACCAUUUCUUUAACCCACAAGGUCUUUUCCGAAGAUGGCAAAUAUAUGGCCUAUGGUUUAAGCGUUAAUGGUUCCGAUUGGUUUACCAUCCACAUACGAAAUGUGGAAACGGGCAGAGAUUUCGAUGAAGUCUUGGAAAAAGUGAAAUUUUCUGGCAUCACUUGGACGAAGGAUAAUAAAGGAUUCUUUUAUGGCUGCUUUCCCCAGGCAGAGGGUAAGCUUGAUGGCUCCCAAACGGAAUCAACUAACAAUCAGAAAGUAUAUUAUCAUCGCUUGGGUCAGUCGCAGGUUAGGGAUGUUCUAGUCUUCGAAUUACCCGAAGAACCUAAAUGGCAAAUACAAACGAGAAUUUCCGAUUGUGGUAAAUAUCUGCUGCUAUUUAUCGAUCGGGGUUUUGAUGGUAAUUUGGUUUACUAUGCGGAUUGGGAACCUCAGGCGGAAAUUACGGGAAAAUUAAAAAUCAAAAAACUUAUUGACAAAUUUGAUGAUAUCUUUACCUACAUCACCAACAAGGGAUCGAAAAUGUAUUUUAACACAAAUAAUGGGGCCUCGAAUUAUCGUGUGAUAAUUAUUGAUCUUGAAAAUCCAGCUGAAGAAAAUUGGCAGACCCUUAUACCCGAACAUGCCAGAGAUGUUUUGAAUUGGGUAGAUUGUGUGGACAACGACAAGUUGGUGCUCAACUAUAUGCACGAUGUGAAGAGUCUACUGCAGGUCAAUUCCCUGGAGUCGGGAGAAUUACUAUUCAUUUUCGAUUUGGAUAUUGGUAACAUUUCCGACUUUUGGUGUGAUAAAUCCGAAUCGGAAAUAUUUUAUAAGUUUUCCUCGUUUCUAACACCGGGCAUUAUUUAUCAUUACGAUUUCCGCUGGAAAACAUCUACGCCCAAGGUGUGGAGAAAUAUUCAACUCAACAUGGAGGGGUUCUCGCCAAACGACUAUCAAGUGGAACAGGUGUUCUAUGAAAGUAAGGACAAGACCAAAGUACCGAUGUUUGUGAUUGGCAAAAUCACCAAGGAAGAGAAGAGAUCACCCAGACCUUGUCUUCUUACGGGUUAUGGAGGUUUUCAGGUAAUUGUGAAACCUAACUUUUCAGUUAGGUAUUUAACUUUCAUUGAUACCUUUGAUGGGGUCGUUGCCGUGCCCAGUCUGCGUGGUGGUAAUGAAUAUGGAGAAAAAUGGCACAGAGCUGGCAACUUGUUGAACAAACAAAAUGUCUUCAAUGAUUUCCAGGCUGCCGCCGAAUAUCUCGUGACCAAUAAUUAUACCACCAAGGACCGUCUGGCAAUCCAGGGAGGUUCGAAUGGUGGCCUAUUGAUUGGUGCAUGUAUCAAUCAGCGACCUGAUCUCUUUGGUGCGGCUAUAGCUCGAGUCGGUGUUAUGGAUAUGUUACGUUUUCACAAAUUUACAAUUGGCUUCGCUUGGUGUUCGGAAUUUGGUAAUCCCGAUAAGAAGGAACAUUUUGAUAAUAUCCUGAAAUAUUCACCGCUACAUAAUGUGCAUAUCCCUACAACGGAGAAUGAAGAAUAUCCUGCCACUUUGGUAACAACAGCCGAUCAUGAUGAUCGUGUUAGUCCAUUGCAUUCGCUGAAAUUCGUUGCUGCUCUGCAGGAUGCUGUGCGUAAUUCAGAAUAUCAAAAGAAACCAAUAAUGCUGAGGGUCUAUAGCAAUGCGGGUCACGGUGAAGGGACACCAACAUCGAAAAUUAUUGAAGAAAAUACGGAUAUGUUUGUUUUUAUUUUAAAGACGCUGAAUAUUGAGAAAAUUAAUUUGUAA